AUGGCGAAGGAAAGAGCCGCAUACAGAGAAAGUCAAGGAUUGCCAGUAAGAAGGGCAACGGGACAAGCCGCACAAACGCAACAAGUGGAAACGCAGCUGGCGGAAUUGCGAGCCGAAGUAGCAUCAAUUAGGUCCAACAACGUACCUGCUACAAUUCCAGCCGAAGCAGCCAUGCAGAUAUCACAAGGGACUAUGGGAACAACUGGAACUACAGCAAUGGGCGGACGCAACCAACAGGCAAACAACCAACAGGCAAGCGGUAGGACCUGA